UUCAGUGUAAGGUGACUAAGUUCACAUGUUAAUUUGAGUGCCACUAAACAUCUCUUUGGGUUUGUAUAUUUGUAUAUUUCUUAUAACAAUCAAGUAUUGUUUAAUUAAGCAAUAGUUGUACAAGUGCACAGGUGUGGGUAUGGAGGGGGUGUUACCAGCAGAUCUACUUGCUGUAGCUAGCGACAUUUCAAGCGAUGAGGUGGAAUCAGAUGAGAGCAGUGACUCCUCAGAUGCAGAGAGUCCACAGGACAAACCGACCAACGAGAAAACAGCUGACCAAGUCCGUUCAGAGAGGUGGAAGAAGUUUAGCCAAAUAGACAGCGAGAGAGUGGCUGUUGUGAAGAAAAUGAAACGGCGGCGUGGUGGCAGACGUCACCGAAAGCGCCAGAAGACUGCUACACCUCACAGUGAUGCACAGUCAUAUAACAGCGUACCACCUCCAACCUGCGAACCCAAACCUGACCCACUCCAGCCCCUGAAGCCCUACAUGGACCUCCCCAAACCACCGCAAAGCAGCGGGGCGACUCCUGUGCCCAAGAGCGGCCUGGAAGAAAAGAUUGAGCAGGCGAUUGCAGAUGGGAAGAUUGGCGAGGCAGAAGAACUGAAUGAGAAGCUUGCGGAACGGGAGAUGGCAGUACGUAUCACCGAGGCGGUACGGGCGCGCGAGUGGAAGGAAGACAAGGACGUGGAUGUCAAGAAACGCGGGCACAAAAAGAAGAAGCAGCUGGGUUGGAUGUUUGAAGCCAAACAGAGAUGGGAGACCAAGGGCAACAUGUAGUCUUGUUUAUACAGCUUGGUUAUAUGAUGUUAACAUCAUGAAGUGAUCAUGUAGUGGUGAAGUAUGUAUUUGAAUAUGAUUAAUUUUGUGUGUUUAGUAAAUAAACUUAUCACAAACUAUAAAUUACAAAGUGCUCUAUGUGGAACUUACUGUAUUUUUUUACUACAUCAUAUGCAUAGCGUAAAC